CGCAGCUGUCCGUUGUCUAUUGUAUGAUGUCUCCUCUCGUUGCCCGCUUGCUGCUCCUUGUGUGCCUGGCUUUACCUCUUUAUGGCGUGGAAAAGGUGAGAAAUAGAGGAUACCGAAAGGAUCCUGACGCCGAUAAGUGUGCUGGAAAUGAUGCAGAAAAGCCCAACUGCACUAGACAUGCUGAGAGAAGAAGAUCUACUUAUUUGAACAACAUGUUUGGCAGCUGCCUUCAGGGGCCAGCAGGAACCUCUGGCAGAGACGGUAACCCUGGGGCCAACGGCAUCCCUGGGACGCCGGGCAUCCCUGGCCGCGACGGACUCAAAGGUGAGAAAGGCGAGUGCAUCAGCGAGAUCUUCGAAGAGCCCUGGAGACCCAACUACAAGCAGUGUGCCUGGAACUCUCUGAAUUAUGGGAUCGACCUGGGUAAAGUAGCUGACUGCACGUUCACCAAGCUGCGUACAGACAGCACCCUCAGAGUCCUGUUCAGCGGCUCCCUCAGACUCAAGUGUAAGAACGCGUGCUGCCAGAGGUGGUACUUCACCUUCAACGGAGCAGAGUGUACAGCACCUCUGCCCAUAGAGUCCAUCAUCUACUUAGACCAAGGAAGUCCAGAGCUCAACUCAACCAUCAACAUCCACAGAACUUCCUCAGUUGAAGGGAUGUGUGAGGGUGUCAAAGCAGGGCUGGUGGACGUGGCGGUGUGGGUGGGGACCUGCGCUGACUAUCCCAGAGGUGACGCAUCUACAGGGUGGAAUUCUGUAUCCAGGAUUAUCAUUGAGGAACUUCCUAAAUAAAUCA